UUGCUCCGCCUCUCGGAAGCCAGCAGGUUAGCCUGUUAGCAUGCUAUCCUAGCCGGAGCGCAGCCCAGCGGAGCCUUGUCUCAGUCUCCCCUCCGUCGGCGUCCUGUCUGCGGUGCUGUCAGGCGGCGCAGAGCCUCUUCGGGACCCGCACUCGUCUCCACCCGGGCUGGUCUGCGGAUCCAGACUCCUUUCAGUCAGUGUGGCCGUCACUUGGAGCCGAUUCGAGAUGUCUGGACAGAGCAUUACGGACCGGAUCACCGCGGCUCAGCACAGUGUCACCGGCUCGGCCAUCUCCAAGACGGUGUGCAAGGCGACCACGCACGAGAUCAUGGGGCCCAAGAAGAAGCACCUGGACUACCUGAUCCAGUGCACCAACGAGAUGAAUGUCAACAUCCCCCAGCUGGCCGACACGCUGUUCGAGCGCACCGCCAACACCAGCUGGGUGGUGGUCUUCAAGUCGCUGGCCGCCACACACCACCUCAUGGUCUACGGCAACGAGAGGUUCAUCCAGUAUCUGGCCUCCAGGAACACUCUCUUCAACCUCAGCAGCUUCCUGGACAAGAGCGGCCUUCAGGGCUACGACAUGUCGACGUUCAUCCGGAGGUACAGCCGCUACCUGAAUGAGAAGGCGGUGUCCUACAGACAGGUGGCCUUCGACUUCACCAAAGUGAAGAGAGGGUCUGAUGGAGUGAUGAGGACGAUGAACACAGAGAAGCUGCUGAAGACCGUCCCGAUCAUCCAGAACCAGAUGGACGUCCUGCUGGAUUUCAACGUCAACGCCAACGAGCUCACCAACGGCGUGAUCAACGCCGCCUUCAUGCUGCUGUUCAAAGACGCCAUCCGGCUGUUUGCGGCCUACAAUGAAGGGAUCAUCAACCUGCUGGAGAAAUACUUUGACAUGAAGAAGACGCAGUGCAAGGAAGGCCUGGACAUCUACAAGAAGUUUCUGACGCGCAUGACCCGGAUCUCGGAGUUCCUGAAAGUUGCAGAGCAAGUGGGAAUCGACCGCGGGGACAUUCCAGACCUGUCCCAGGCCCCCAGCAGCCUGCUGGACGCCCUGGAGCAGCACCUGGCCUCUCUGGAGGGGAAGAAGGUCAAAGAUUCCACGGCGGCCAGCCGGGCCAGCACCCUCUCCAACGCCGUCUCGUCUCUGGCCAACACCGGCAUGUCUUUUUCUAAAGUGGACGAGAGAGAGAAGCAGGCGGCUCUGGAAGAAGAACAGGCCCGUCUAAGAGCCCUGAAGGAACAGCGUCUGAAGGAGCUGCAGAGGAACACUGCUGCCACCACCGACUCCUCCCCGGUGUCCACGACGGGGGGAACCGUCACCUCUGCGCCAGUCAUCGACCUCUUCUCCACCCCGGGCUCCACCAACAGCUCCUCGAAGGCAGCCGCUGACCUGCUGGACCUGCAACCGUCCUUCCAGCCUCUGUCCAGCUCCACCACCUGGGGAGGGUUCUCGGCCUCCCCGACGCUGCAGCAGCAGAACGCUUCAGGCCUCAAUGUGGACUUUGACUCUGUAUUUGGGAACAACAGCAACGCCAACAGCCUGGACGCCGCCGACGUUCUAGGUGGGGUCCUCACACCGAAAGUGGCGUCUUCUCCCAGCCUGGGCCUGACCCCCAGCAGCCAGCAGCCCAGCAAGCUGGUGUCCCACGACCUGGACUCGUCCCUGGCCAACCUCGUGGGCAACCUGGGGAUCGGGAACGGAGUGCCAAAGAAUGACCUCCACUGGAGCCAGCCCGGCGAGAGGAAGCUGACCGGAGGAAACAACUGGCAGCCUCGGACCGCCCCGUCCACCUGGAGCCCCGCCGCCAUGGCUCCGUCUGCCGUGGCCUUCCCCGCAACCACCCCCACAGGCAUGGUGGCAUAUGGCAUGCCUCCUCACAUGGUGCUGACCCAGCCCUCCAUGAUGCUCGGCCAGCCCGGGAUCCAGCCGCCCAACCCCUUCGGACCCGGUCCAGGAGCCCCGAUGCAGUUCAUGUGAGGUGGAGGAGGAGGGGGGGUUCCCGUCUCCCAGCUGGACCGAUGGAGCUCCUCUGGACUCUGUCUGGACCCUCUGGGGGUCUCAGGAGACCAGCUGGAGCGGCUCUGGACCCUCUGCAGGUCUCAGGAGACCGGCUCAGACGGACACUCUGCGUCGUCCAGGGAGGAGAAGAAGCUUCCUGUCCUCCGAGGAACACAAAUCUGUGUGUGUGUGUGUGUGUGUGUGUGUGUGUGUGUGUGUGUGUGUGUGUGUGUGUGUGUGUGUGUGUGUGUGUGUGUGUGUGUGUGUGGGCACCAUCACACACCGUCUCUUCUAUCAGUGAUCAAACAUCUUCACAUUAUCAGAACAUGCAGACUGCUUUUGUACCUCUCUCUCUCUCUCUCUCUCUCUCCCUCUCUCUCUCUGUCUCUCUCUCUCUCUCUCUCUCUCUCUCUCUCGUCUGCAGUAGACAUUCCGGUCAUGUUGUUGGUAUUUAUUAAGGUUUGUCCUCCAGAGGAAGCCGGGCUCCGGGGUUCUGGGGUUCUGGGCUCCGGGGUUCUGGGUUCUGGGCUCCGGGGUUCUGGGGUUCUGGGCUCCGGGGUUCUGGGUUCUGAUGGAGGGCGGACUGUGGGUGGAGUGAUUGACAUGCUUUGUAAAGAGGUUAAUAUAAAGGGUGGGGUUGGGUGGAGGUGUGCUGUGGUUCCAGGGCUCCGGCUUGCCGUUCCGCCGCCGCCUUUCAUGCUGCGAUCAUGUUUCGGCCGGCGGCCCCAGGCCCCCCGGUGUCCGUUACCACAGGGGGGGCGGGACAAUAGAGCGCUGUGGAUCGGCGCUCUGUGUAUACAGGGGUCCUGCGGCGGCGGCGGCGAGCCGCCCUGAAAGAUGAGCUGAACAUGAAAGAGGCCUUCAGUCCAGAACGCUGCUCAUUUACUGCAGAUUCUAUUUUUGUUUGAUUGUUUUUUCUUUUUUUUUCAAUAAAGUGCAAGCUUCCCCAA